UGCAUUAAGGAUGAUUUAGCCUACAUGAACUGCAUAGUCAGCAUUUUCCAGGAGGGGAGGAACUUUUUUUCACUUCCAUUCUCUCCAAAGUCUGAAAUAUAGCUGCAAAGCAUGUGAUAUUGUUUAAGCCAUAUUGUCUAUUGAGUUUUCAAAGUAAUUCUGUGGGAUUUUCUUUUGCCUGUUUUAUGGUCUUCCAGGUAAAUUUUUUAUGUAUAAUCGCUUACAAAAUAGGUUUGGGGUUUGUUCAAAUCCUUACCUUUUAAGAAUAAGCAAUGCCUUAGCAAACAGCACUAAACAUUUGUUAAAUCUACUCAUAUCUACAGGUGUAGAUUUCAGUAAUGUAUGUAAGGUGCAGUGUCCGCCCAGUGCACGUAUCGUUAAAAGCUUUCAUUUCCAUGAACAAGCCUCAGGCAAAAUUAAUUAAAAUGUUACCUUCCAAAACAGGUUUUGGUUGAGCUAACAGACAAGUUUUCUAUGAAAUCUAUUUCUAUUGGCCAUUUAAAAUUUGCAGCAGCGUUUAAAACCUAAUCUGCAUUGCUUACUGAUAAAUGGUCAUUCAAACUUGAUGGAAAAUUCCUGUUCUCCCAGUAUAGCCAUUUGCAUAAUUACUUGUGCGUUGAGGUGGUAGCCAGACAACUUCAUCCCAUGAUCAUGUAUUAACAUGACAGUGGAAUGCUCAGAGCCCGAGAUAGUGUCCGUAACAGUUACUGCAGUUACACGUGAGCCGAACAGAACAUGCGCAUACAGGCUGCAUGCAUGCAUAGGCGCUCUAUUGUCAACACGCAGUGAUAAAGACAUCCAUUGAGGCAGAUCUUGUGACACAAUCACGAGCCAGAGAAAGAAUGUCAGAAUUACUGUAGAGGGUGAGAUGUUGGAGCGAGAAACACACAAGGACCCAGAAAUCAAGUGUUUCCUGUGUGGCGGGGGACUGGUGAGGGUCAUGGCUGGGGCUGGGCUCAGUGUGUGAGGUGGCAGGCUGGGGAAAGGGGCCCGUCCCGGGGCCUGGAGUGUCCGCUGUGGUGCGUCCUGUGUCGAGGAGGAAGGGAGAGACUCAAGCAGGCCUGUCAGAGAGGGAGGGGAGCACUGCGCCUGCCCGCAGACAUGCUGAGCGUCAGACUUCCGCAGCUCUUUGACAUCCACCAGGUGCCAAAGGUGUUUAGAGAGGAUGGCAUCAUGUCUGGAUACCGCCAUCCCAAGAGCUCAGCCCUGGACUGCAUUCUCAGCAGUUUUCAAAUGACCAAUGAGACAGUCAAUAUCUGGACCCACUUCCUGCCAACCUGGUACUUCCUGUGGCGGUUUAGCAUGCUGUGCUCCACUCUGGACUUCCUGACGGAGAGCUACUCCUGGCCGCUGCUCGUCUACAUGCUUCUGAUCUGCCUGUACCCCUUCACCUCCAGCUGUGCUCACACCUUUAGCACCAUGUCGGCCGAGGCGCGUCACAUCUGCUACUUCUUCGACUAUGGAGCGCUCAGCCUGUACAGUCUCGGUUGCGGCAUCACAUACGGCUCUUACGUGAUGCCCGACUGCUGGGUAAACAGUUGGCUUCACCAGCAUUUCGUGACCAUCGCCAUCGGCAACUCGCUCUUUUGUACCAGCAUGUCCUGCUACUCCAGGUUUGUAGAGUUGCAGUUCCCACACAAAAGUAAAAUCUUGAGAACGGCCGCAUUUGUUGUCCCCUUCCUCUUUGAUAGUGUCCCACUGUUUUACCGACUGCUGUCGUGCUGUUGGGGGAGCUGCAGUCCCAGCGAAGCUCUGGCCAGCCACUCUUACCAUCUGUUCUUUGCGUUUCUCACAUGCUUCCUGUUUGCAUCUCACCUGCCCGAGAGACUGGCCCCUGGACGCUUCGACUACAUCGGUCACAGUCACCAGCUCUUUCACAUAUGUGCGGUCGUGGGCACCCAUUUCCAGUUGGAGGCAGUGUUGACAGACAUGACGUCUCGCAAAGAGUGGCUGAUGUCCCACUCCGCUUUACCUUCCUUUCUGGGUACCGUGGGGGCUCUCACAAUGGGUGUCCUGCUCAACCUGGGCAUCAUCGGCAUCUUCAGCGCCGGUUUACCACGAACACCUCGCCAAAGCACUUCGGCCUCUAGCGGUGCCCACCCUCAUCGGGAGUAACAAGCUUUCUUGACCACUCCACACCUCACUGUGCACCUUUCCAGACGAUUUUACGAAGAUUUCACUAGCGCACUUUCACUGAUAUAAAAGCCUCUAGCAUUGAUUACUUUUGUACUAAAAAGCUAAAUGUUUAUGCUAUUUCAGAUCAUAUAUUCUAGUUUCAUUUUAUACUUAAGGUUUAUUAUGCCAGCCGAAAACCCUGAUGAUAAUCGCGACCUUUCAGGUGUUAUUUAACCGUUGUGCCUUUUGAUUUUAAUCUUUAGAUAUCGACAUGAAAGGUCGAGGGUUGAAUGACGCUAAUGUUGACUUUUACAGGUUAGAUUUUAACAUAGUUUAAGGGUUUUUAUAAACAGAAUAUGAUGUUUGCAUCAAACGAUUAAUCGUGAUUAAUCGCAUCCAAAAUAAAAGUUUGUGUUUGCAUGUGUGUGUACUGAGUAUUGGGCUACUUUUACACUGUUGCUGCGGGUUGUUUUUCAUGUCCGCGGGUUCAAGUGACCCCAAAUAACAUGAUAUUUAGCCUCUGGAAUGCGACUUUUACUGUGGGACACCUCGUGAAAUGUAGUUUUGAGUAGCAAUUGGGUGGGUUUUGUUGUGAAAACCUGGCAACCCUGAUUUAUAUAUAUACAUAAUACAUAUACACUGUACAUGCACGUAUAUUAUGCAAACACAAACUUUUAUUUUGGAUGUGAUAAAUCACGAUUAAUCGUUUGACAGCACUAUGACAUAUUAAUGUUAUCAUAGCUUUAACUGGAAAAUGAUAAUAGCAUUAAUCAGGGAUUUUAUAUUUGCAUUAAUAUAUCAUCAUGAAUAACACCAUUAAUCCAAUUUUAUGAUGUGUGCAUAUCAAAAUAUACAAUGGUUGAAAAUUAUGGGGAAUAACUUGCUGGUGUAUUGGUGAAAUUUUGCCCCUUUAAACACUUAUAUUUGUAAUGUCCCUUUAUUAUCAAUGGCAAAUUAUUUGGAUUUACUGGAACGCCUUUGAAUAAUCUCACAGGUACAGUAACAUGAAUUAAUUGAGGGGGAAAAGGGCUAUAUUUCUAGAAAAAAAAAUCUCUUUUGUAUCUUGAAGGAUAAAUUGUACUGUUUAGCUCAUCUAAGAAUCAUUCUCCUACUAAACUGCAUCUCAUGGGAAUAUGGGGCUGCACUGGAGUCCUUCACUGUCGUUUAGAUGUUUCUAGACAUCUAGUGAACAGUUUUGAGGUAUAUGUCAUUCUCUGCAUCAGGUCACAUUUCUGUGGUAUUGUUUUGUUCAUUGCAGGUUUAUGGCAUACAAUACAGAGUGUUUUAUAUUGAAGCACGAAGCUUUUGGUUUUAUAUUUAAUUGCAUUUUGUCAGUGCACUUGAUGAUUUUGUAUUCCGGUGCAAUGUAGUGCGUAACUCAAAAUAGUUUCUUUGCUCAUGCGACACUAGUUACGUUUUGUUCUUAAACUAAAAAUCAAAGCUAAUUAUUGUGUUUGCCCAAGCUGUUAACCUCCAUCUCUCAUUUUGUCCUUCAGUAGAAUACUGCACUUGUUUUGUCUGGCCGAACGGUGCAGGACAGGUACGUACAGCAGUAGGCUUGUAAUUUAGUGCAAUUAAUGCUGCAUAAAGGAAAAAUUUUAGCGGAACCUUUUCUAACAAGCUUUUAAGGUCUGUCACAUGGUGGUAAUGAUAUUUUAAUGGGCGUUUAUGAAAGGGAUCUUGGGUUAAAAAGGAAAAGUAGGUGUUUCAGUGGUUAGUGGCGGAAAGGUUCUGCAUUUCUCCAAAUGCCUAUUUGUAGUUCGACGGCAGACAUUCUCGCUCACUGUGCGGUUUAAGUAGGUGUCUGUUUUUCUGCUCAAAGAGGUUUAGAUGUGAAUGUGACUGGUGACAGUAGUAUUUUGUGCACUAGAGUUAAAUGAAAUGUAAAAGGUUUUGGCAUCCCAAUCCCUGUGAGUUUGUUGGCCCUAAUGAAUGUAUUGCAGUUUUGAAAACUGUUCUUAAAGACCCGUUUGAUGUUACAAUGUAGCAUUUACAAUUGCCAAGGAAAUUAAAAUUAUAAAUAGUAAUUUAAUUUUUUUUAAAUGUUCCAGAAAUGUUUUUUUUUUUUACUAUAAUGCUUCCCUUUAAAUCUGAGAAUUAAAAUAUGCAAUCAUUAUUGCAAUGCCUUUUAUUUUACAUUGUCAUUUUUUAAAUAUUUUUGUAACAAAUGUGAAAAAUAUGAAAGUGCUUAGAAUUAAACUGACUCAUUUAUCACUACA